CGGCGUGGGUGUUGUUGUUGAUUUUUUCUUCUCUCUCUACGGUACACGGGUUUCCACUACAAUAAUGAUGACUUAUAUACGGCCAUGUGGUUUUAUUUUACGAUUUUUAGAUUUUUCUUUUUUCCCCCGCUUGGUUCUUACUCUCCAGGAUAUAUUGGUAUAUACGAAAAGAAUGAUAGGAAGGAAUGGGAAACUAUAUGGGAAUGAAUAAAUCCAUCAUGAAAUCAUGAAAUCUACAAUGAAUGACUGGUGAAUUGCACUGUGGUCUUCGUGAGUCAGUACGGAGUGUUGACGGUCGUCGAAAGCAGACGGGGGGGAUCAGGAGCAAUGCCAUUCGCAGUCCCAUUUCCUCUUUCAGCCUCACUCUCUUUUUCUAGCCUUGCCUUGCCUAGGGUACGGUACGAAUCUACCUACCUCAGCUACCGGGUCCUGUGGCGCGGAUAUCACGGCUGCGAUAAAGCGAGAUGGCGUUCUUUUGGUGGGUGUCCUUUUUUGGUAUCUAGGUAUCUACCUUUUGAUUAUUGUGAGGUUUUGGGGAAGUAGGUACAUGUUUUUUGCGUAUGAGCAUUGAGGCGAGCUG